AUGCUGUUUGCGAACCUGCCCGAGGAGCUUCUGUGGCAUAUCUUCACCACCUACUUUGAACGAGAUUCGCACACACUGGCUCUUCUCGCGACCCUCAACAAGAGGUUUCACCGCAUUACAACUCCAAUAUUGUAUUCACAUGUCACGUUGAGUCUAGACAAUGGCGAUGAGUCCCGCAAUGUGCGGCGAUUCAUCAUGUCCGUGUUUUCCAGCCCCUAUCUAGCCCAGUGCGUACGGUCGCUCGAACUGAACGAACUCUCCUGGGCCACGCACCAAUCCCUCUCCCGUCGGCGCAGAGAACUAGUAGCCCGGAUGAUGACCGGGAACAUCCUCGGUCGACCCGACAGACUGGACAUGUUCAAGCUCGUGACCGUGGUUCGGCGUCUCCCGCUUUCGGAUAAGCACAAACACAAGUGGUGUGCGGAGUUGCAGGAGGUUGCGCCGAGUUUGGACGCUCUUGUUGCCCUCAUUUUGGUGUUUCUCUCCUCCCUGGAAAAGCUCGAGUCCAACUGCCAUUGGGGGCCUAUCAGGCGGAAUGUCCGGGAUGAUGGGGUUAAGAUUCAAGCCACGGGGUUAGAAAGCGGCAGAGAGACAUCGUCGAUCACACACCUCGAACUCCGUUACUGCAACAUUGACAUGCACAGUCUGCAAACGAUUCUCAAGUACUGUCGCUCGGUGAGGACGUUUAUUUUCCAUCGCGACUGGGACCCUCGGUUUCGCGUUAGGCUUUCCGGGGCUUCCAUCACCGAAGCGCUCCGCCCGCUUUGGGAGACGUUGGAAAACGUUGCACUGUCCUUCGAGCCUUGCAUUUAUCUCCACCAAGAAGGGGAGAUACAUCCACUGGAUUUUUCUCACUUUUCCACACUCACCAACAUUUACGUUGCCGCUGGUUACCUUAUCCACGACCCUGAAGAUUUCGAUAUCUACGAUUUCUCAAAAACAGACCACUUCGAAGACGAAAGGGAGCUGCUCAAUGCCCCUCUCCACGAUCGGCUGCCGGAGUCGCUCGAAGUCUUACGCAUCACAGGUUUUAGCACACCACAACAGCUGGAGUUUUUGAUUGAGGAUUGCUGCGGAAUGCUCCAGCAUCGCUCCCGGUUCCCACGACUGCGUGAACUAUCUAUCGAGGUUGAAUUUGGUGAUGUUGAUGUUGGCUUUAACAUGAGAACCCUUCAAGAGGAGGCGCAUCGCGCAGAUGUGGUUUUUCGCAAGAUCGAUAUCACGGAUUUCUCUAACCAUGAUGCCUUGCCCACCCCCGCAGGAUGUGACUGGGGCAUGAACGGCGAGUUUAGGUGGAGCACGAAACUCGUUUGA